AUGUCGAUUACUAGCACCACAUUAUUGGAACGCGACCCAACGGAAGAAAACAUUCCUGCAUCGCGGACACUCGAGAACCCUCGCAAGAGGAAACGGGACGAAGAGAUAAUAUGCAGUAUUGAUAAACGACCUCUAAUUCUACGGGUACGUUCAUGCGAUCAAGCGGUGCGGAGAGAGACUGACGACGCACAGCCCGAUUCUUCCGACCCUUUUGCCAAACCAAGAACUCUUACGCCGCUUUGCUUGCUGUCACGCUCUCAAUUGCCUUUGUCAUACCUGGAUCCUGGCCAGGACGGAAGCCGACUACUCUCUUCUCACGUACAAAUUCUUGAGGCUUGCGACGAAUACCAGUCGGACGCCAAUGUGUUGAUUGUGAAAGACGUGAAAGAGCAGAGGCUAUACGCUAUUGAGAGAGUGCAAAGGUUGCAAUACGCAUUAUGCAGGCUCGAUACAUGGGUCAAGACGGAAGAAGUCUUGCUAAGGUCGGAGCUAUCUCUUCAAGCGGAUUCAGCACCAAGUAAGCGACAAGCUGUGCAGUCGGACCAGGAGGGAAAACCAUGGUGGGCAAAAGCAGCCGUGGAUCCUGAGUAUGGAUUUCCACCGUCGCUGAAACCUAGCUCUCUGAGGCUAUCUAUGCGCCCAUGCACAGUUACGACGGCAACUCAAGCCAAGAGGCAGCUUCCAACACAGAUCGAAGAUUCUGGGCCACCCGUGGAUGAAACAACGGUCGACGAACGUGUGACCCUCAAGCCAACUCCGGAUACUCUGGAAGACUUGGCCAAACAGUACUUGGACGCUCUUUACCUCUCGAGGACAUCCGUGGCGUAUUUUGUAAAAGGACCGCUUGCUCGUGUGAGGGCCGCGUUCGCUGCGCAACCAGCCGAGCUCGUAGCCUUCCUUCGUGGAGCGGUCUUGUCGGCCACGACGACGGACAAAAAGUAUCGAGCAAGUAUUGCCGAUCUCGUCAACGACCUACCUGUUCUGGACACACCUGAAACGAAACCUAAGAAGCAAAAGAAACGCAAGUGGAAACCAGCCCGAGACAAAUCAGGCUUCUUUGUCAGCGAGAAGGACUACGUCGAGCAAUGGUGGCGGAAAGGCGACGAUACCCAGACUAUCUCCCAUCUGAGUGAGACGAUGGAUGCAGUCGUUCGUCGUAGAUCUCAGAGGCUACGCAGUAGAGAGACAUUCCUGCAGGUCAUUCUUAUUCUGGAGGUCUUGGCGUUAGAGGCUUCGGGCUCCCCAACACCAGUUCCGCAAGCCACGGAAUCUCAAGCACCGGAAGAUCCAGGUGUGACUGCCGAAAAGAAGCCGCGCAAGAAGAAAGAGGUCGAUAUGACUGCCGUACUAGAGACCCUGCUAGAUCGACUGUGCAUUUGGUACUCUAUUGAUGGUGGCAGCCCUGCCAAGACUGGCAGCGACAGGAACGAGAAUGGUGAAGAUGGCGCAAGUGAUGACUUGAAGAGCUUUGCGUCCGAAGUUGUCAUUCCAUUCUGGGCUUCUCGCAUACCGGAAGUCGCUAAUUCGACCAGCAAGAAGCUCGGAGGACCUAGUGCGCCGGCGCCUAAGAGGAGGUCCAUGGCUACCUCGAGAAAGCCUGGCGAGCCGGCAGUGCGGCAGGCGCCUGAGAAGAAGCCAAGAAGACCCCUGGAAAGGGUCUCGACCGAUACCCUCAAUUACACGGGCAAACGUCCGCCGUUGCUGUCUCGCUCUGCCACCGAUACAGACGCGUUAGCGCCACUCAUCAAGCGCGAAGCGAGCGAGACGCCGUCCAUCGACAGUAUACCCGUAGCGGCGAGUAGAGCGGCGCAGAGGAGGACACAGCAAGUAGACCCAGCAAGACCGAGGCCGCGCGGUAGUCUGCUGCACCAAAUUUCGUUUGGCAGACGAGAAGUCGACUUGUCUGCAAUGUCACAAGCUAGCGAAGCGAAGCUGCGGAAGAAGGCCGAAGUCGAGCAGAAAGUUCGUGACGCUAUUACAACACUCAGGAAACCUAACAGGGACCGUGCAGUGGAGGACAUCGCUAAGAACGCAGACGAAAGCUUUGCGAAAGCCAUCUCAAAGAGCAGGGCCAAUUCCGGCCAGACAAAGAAGCCAAUGGAGAAGAGCAACAUUGCGAUAAACACAACUCCCAAGGCGAUCAAGGCUACUCCUGUUCCUCGUCGAAGGACGCAGCAAGAGUCUGGGCAUAGUCGUGAUUCAGCGGACACCUCAGUCGUGCCAGCGUCUUCAGUGAAGUUAUUCGCCCAGCCCGGCGACCUGCCAAGCAGCUCGUUUGCCAUUCCACAAACUGGACAUCGACCCAGACAUACUCAUGGUAUCGAAGAAACGCCUUCGCGCGGGUUCGCAAAGUUCAUGCCAUCUGCACUCGCACGCCCACCAGGGACUCUCGGCACGUUGCUGGAGUCACCAACCGCGACCCGAACCACUGCUGCCAACGGCGACGUACCUGCAAAGCUGCCAAAGAUGCCUUCCCUGACAGGAACUCCAGCCGAGAAGUCCAAGUCCAAAGGGCGUACUUGGAGUUCUGUGAGAAAGAUGCCGACGAUACAAGCAUCACCUGAACGGCCUACUAAUACUACACAUGAUGAUUCUGGAAUUGUACUCGACGAUGACCAGCCAGACGAGCAGUCGAUUUAUGAUGCUCUGGGCUGGAAUGAUGAUUGUUAUGAACAACUUGCAUGA